AUGCUACGGACAGAACAGCCCAGGCAGAGGGAUUUCAAGAGGAGAACUGGGGCUGUGGGAAGGACAUCAGAUACUAUGCCUAUGAUGUGGGACAGGGUACAGCUACUCGAUCAAGGGAGGUCCGCCUCCCCCACGGCCGCCUCGAGAAUUUCUGGAGUCUCACCUUGCCUGCCGUGUUGCUGUUUUGUGGGCUCGGCUGCAGCGAGCUUUUUUUGGGCAACUACAGCGCCUCAUGCUUACCUACACACGAACCCAGUCGGGCGGCUUGACUUCACCUGGACACCUAUUUUCAAUUACUUCUUCCUUCAUUCCAGUCUCUUGCCAUCCACCGCAGCUGACUGCAUCCGACUUCGCUUCCCCAUUGCUAACAGAGUCACGUUGUGCUGCAGUGAGACAUCUGCUCCCCGCGCAGCAAUACAAGAGCCACCUCCCCGCAACCCAGCUCGAAUCAAGGUCCGCACCUCCACCUACCGACCACCGUCGUCUGUGUAUUCUCAAGACGCACAGGCACCACCGCCAGCCUCGAACUACACAGUAACCGUGGCUACCAAGUACGGCUACCGCUACGGCGGCGGCGGCGGCGGGGCGGAGGAGAUCUCCCCGCCAAGUUCUCCGGAGCCCGACUCUGAGGGCGUGAAGCGCUUCUUGCCCGGCGAUGUCUCCCCAAUAGAGGAGGACGAUCACGCAGCAGCUCUUCUCCAGCAGCACCCGGCUUUCCGCAACAACGGUGCUCAGAAUGACCACUCGAGACGGGAGCAGACGCCCACCCCCGAGACAGGCAGGCAGUCGCCUCGCCGGGCUCCCAACAGCCGUGGCGGUGGUGCUACCAGUAUUCCCAUGAUGCGUAGGGAACGGAGGAAGCAGUCAGGUACCGUCAUGCGCGAGCCAAACUCUACUAAUCGGGACCACCCACCACGUCAAGAACCAACCCGCUGGAAUCGGCUGACAGGUGAACCGACGGCGGCUGACCGUGCUCGGCCGUCUCAAGGGCCUCCUGCCGAAUGUUCUCAAGGUCUGGGAAUUACAGCAACUGCCUGGGCAUCCCCGCAGACCAGUCCUACACAAGCGCCUCCAUCUUUCGCUGACAGAGUGCGGAGGAUUGCCAAGAAGGCUGCUGCUGGCCGGGAGAGAGAGCCUCAGCAUGACACAGAUCCCGCUGCGGGCGCCUUCACAUCAAACCGCCCUGGUUGGCGAGGUGCGAGCGGCCGAACUGCCAUCGUUGAGCCCGUCCACGACACUCCUGAAGUUGCACCCCUGAGGAUCCCCGAGAAGAGCAGCAGGAGAACUCUUACACCAGUACAAGCAGACAAACCAAGGCCUGGCAUCUCACUAGGGGGUGUGCCACGGCGAGGACAAACCCCACCCAUCAGCCCUCCCGCAACUGAAACGUCCACAGUCAGGGCCGGCUUGCGGGAGACGUCGCACAAUGUCGUGCACACUCCGUCCCAGCUGACUCCCCCGACGGCCUACCUCCAUUCAGAGAAUGCGCAGAGCUACCCGAGCCCGCCGCUUUCGAGCACUCCGCUCAGCGGGGGGGAUGCACCAGCCAUGGCUGCCAGACAGCUCUCCAGGGAUGUCGUCCCCAGCAUGGCCGCACUCCCCAGCCCCGAGUUUAACAGCCCGCACGAGUCCAACGUGAUUCGCAGAAAGCCACCUCCGGUACAUACUCACCAUCAACACCAAGACUCGGUCUCCUCUGUCUACUCGCAACCACCUCGAGGACCACUGCACACUUCCCCGCUCACUAUUCCUGAUAUUGCCCCGCCGGCUACCCUAGCGGCCAACAACGACACCUACGUCCAGCCUCCCUCUCGCUUCAGCAUAACCACAUACGCCACCAGCCACACGGGUACAACCCGGGACGACGGCGACGAGCUAGUUGACGAGGACCAGCCACCUGUCCCCUCACUCCCAGUCGGCCUCCACCACGGCGGCAAGAUCGGCCCGUCCUCUGACAACAGCCCGGUGACGUCUCCGAUCGACCAGUUCAUGACGUCGCCUUUUACCACCCAUACGGAGCAGUUGAGGAUGGUAAACCCAGCUGUUGCCCGUGCGCAGGCCAUUGAACGCCCCAGUUCUCGUGCUUCAGACAUCAACAAGUCUCUCCCUCCAGCACCACCCGAGGGUGAAGCCCAGGAUCGUGUCGGGUUGCUGAAUGCCCAGUUGAGAGCGUUGGCAAACAGGCGAAUCAACAUCAACAGGUCCAUUACCCAGAUGACGGAGAUGAUGCCGACGGACAAGCUGAUGAACAGCGAGGAGGUGAUUAGAAAGAGGGAAAUCGAAAAGAAGAAGGUAGAGGCGCUGAAGCAGGAGUUGUCUGAGGUGCAGAGGGAGGAGUAUGAACUGGGCUUGAAGCUGCACCGGGCUUACAAGAGGCUGGAUAGGGAUAACGAGUUUGAGCCGACGGGGUUGUGGGUGAGGAGAGUUACGAACUAG